AAAAAGCACACACCAAGUGACACACCAAUCGAAUCCGCUGUUAUUGUGGCUAAUUGCUUCGGACCAAUCACAUUGAUGCUACUUUUAAACUAAUGCAUACACAUGGCAUACUGUCAACAUUGAGUACAUAUGGAGUGUAUCGAUUUAGUUCCAACAUUUCUUACUAUUACAUCAUAUUUCUACCCUGUUGAGGAAAACGAAAGUAGCUUUCGAUAUCUAUUGCCUUUUUAUUGGUAUUGCAUUCAUUAGAACAAAACUUAAACAAAAAAAUGGCAGAUGCGACUCCAAACAGUGAAAUGUCAAAUUUGACAGUUGAAACGAACCCUGGUGAAGAUUUUGUGGAUCCAUGGAAUGUGCACAGUAGCUCAGCCACUGGUGUCGACUAUGAUAAAUUGAUAAAGCGAUUUGGCAGUCAAAAAGUGGAUGAGGCCUUGGUUCAGAGGAUUGAGAAAGUCACUGGGAAACCUGCCCAUCAUCUCCUCAGAAGAGGAAUCUUCUUUUCUCAGAGAGACAUGACAAUGAUACUGGACCUCUAUGAGAAGCAGCAGCCAUUCUUCCUGUACACGGGCAGGGGACCCUCCUCUGAGGCCAUGCAUCUUGGUCACCUCAUACCCUUCAUAUUCACCAAGUGGCUUCAAGAAACUUUUGAUGUCCCAUUGGUGGUUCAGUUAACAGAUGAUGAAAAAUUCCUGUGGAAAGACUUGAGUAUAGAGGAAACAAACCGGCUUGCUCAUGAAAAUGCCAAGGAUAUCAUAGCUCUUGGAUUUGAUGUCAACAAAACUUUUAUAUUCAGUGAUUAUGAGUACAUUGGGAGCUGUAAAGAGUUUUACAUGAACAUGUGCCGCAUACAGAAGCUGGUCACUUUCAACCAAGUGAAAGGCAUCUUUGGCUUUGAUGACAGCACCUGUAUCGGCAAGAUCAGCUUUCCGGCCAUUCAAGCGGCUCCCAGUUUCAGCUCCUCAUUUCCACUCAUUUUCAAUGGGAGAGCUAACGUGCAUUGCUUGAUCCCAUGUGCCAUUGAUCAGGACCCUUACUUCAGGAUGACCCGAGACGUGGCCCCCAGGCUGGGCCUGCCCAAGCCAGCUCUGCUCCAUUCCACAUUCUUCCCCGCCCUGCAGGGAGCUCAGAGCAAGAUGAGUGCCAGUGACCCAAACUCCUCCAUCUUUCUUACAGAUACUGACAAACAGAUAAAAAAUAAGGUCAACAAGUAUGCCUUCUCUGGAGGUGGAGCAACUGUUGAAGAGCACAAACAGAAGGGAGGCAACUGUGAUGUUGAUGUCUCCUAUCAGUACCUAACCUUCUUUCUGGAUGAUGAUGAGCGAUUGGCUCAAAUUAGAAAGGACUACACAAGCGGGGAGCUGUUGACGGGGUUUUUGAAGAAGGAGCUCAUUGAGAUCCUCACCAAGAUUGUAGGGGACCACCGGCAGCGCAGGGCACAAGUCACAGACGACAUUGUCAAACAAUUCAUGACUCCCAGAAAACUCAACUUCCAGUAUUGACACCUCAUAUGUUUCGAGAUAACUAAGUCAGCUGGCCUAUGCAAACAGUGCUUUUGUAUUAAGAAUUGUGUGUGUUUAAUUUUGUUUGUAUUAUGACUCAAAAUUAAGAUUGUCAGAGAAAAAUCUGGGAACAUAACCAAAUAAGUAACUUAAUGCAAGCAUAUAAGAAUGUGUUGAAGGGCAUGAAAACAUGUUUAAUUGAAGGUAAAUUAUGUCUGUUACUGAUGGACCAGCUUAGUUAUAAUUUUCAUUUGGAAAUGUUUCAUAAACUAUAUUACAAUUAGUGAAAAUAUUUGUGUUUUAGUGUUUUUAAUAGACUUUCCUCUGAAUGGUGUUGGUAUUUAAGAGCUUAAAGUUCAUGUAUUUAAUGAUGGCAAUGCAAUAAUGUUUUAAUUACAUGCUUUUUGUCCCCUACCGGUGAAACCGGAGGGAACUUAUGGUUUGCGCUCUGUCAGUCUGUCUGUCUGUCAGUCUGUCUGUCAGUCUGUCCAUCACACUUUUCUGGAUCCUGCGAUAACUUUAAAAGUUUGUCAUAUUUUUUUAUGAAACUUAAAACAUGGUUAGAUGGCAAUAUGGAGAUUAUGCACGUCAUUUCAUUUUGUUCUUACGUCAAUAAUGAUGGUUGCUAUAGCAACAAAUAUUUAUUUUUUUUUAAUUCUGACAAUGGUGGAGUUUCACUGGUAGGGGACCAUAUUGCUUGGCAAUCUCUCGUUAAAUAUUAUUUUUCUUAAUUAAUUUUUUUUUGUUUGCUUUGCAUAAUUUUUCUGUCAGUUUUGUUCUUACUUGUAUUGUUUUAACAUUUGUUACAUUCUCAAUUGAUUUAUACUAAUAUUCAUAAUAUUGUUUGAUUAUAAAGAAGCUCUAAUGUAGUUUUAACACUCGUCCUAUGAUAAUUUAAAUUGAUUUCAAACAUAGUUAUUGAAUAGUGGUUCUAGUAACUGGAAUGCUUCUGCUAGCAACUACAAGGCUACAUGUAUUCAUAGUCAUUCAACAUGACAUUUUAUUGAAUUUUGUAUUAAAAUUAAUUGUUCUUAAAUCUCUUCUUGUAAGCAAAUGGUCAGUGAUUGUAACUCAACUCUAUAGAGCUAUAGCGCUCAGCAACCCUGGCCAUGUAAACGUAUCUUUAGCUCGGCUGAUAAUUUAAGUAAAAAAACACACUAACCUAAUAUUCUCUUAAUGACAUUGUUUAAGUAUAUUAUGAUUCAAUAACAGCAUGCUAAAUGCUAAGGAAAGCUAUUUGUUUCAAACAAGCCUUACUUGCAAAACCAAUAUUGUUCAAAUAUAAGGAUAUAUCGACUGUUUUAACUCGUGAUUCAAUCUCAAGAUAAAAAAGUUUGUGUGGUCUUAGGGAUUUUGUUUGAUUGUCAUUGUGCAGUUUAAGGAGCAUAAAUUGCUUAAUCAUUUUUCUUGGCUCCACAAUAUUUUUUUCUUUUUUGUAUCAUCUUACUUGAUAUCAAUCUAAUUCUUUAUUUGAGUAUCAAUAAAAGACAUACACUUAUACACAGCUGUUAUAAUAAAAACAACUAAACUGU